AUGGUUUCAUACUUUGAGUCCGUCCUGGGCCCUCGUCGUGACUCCUUCGCGGCACAGUAUACUCCUGGAGAAUAUAGUCGGGCACGAGUGGACAGACGCUAUAGUCUAGCACGGGCCUUCGAUGCAAUCCGUAUCGACGAUAGACGAGCGACACGUCUACAGGGGUAUCGAUCACCGCGACGCCAAUCCUACGCUCAGCAGCCCUUCCAGCAACAAUCUCGGCUGCCAAUCUACGAGGAACGUCGACCUGACUAUCGGCAAGAAGACAAUGGACGACGUCCAUCGCUUUUCGAAUGGCGACCUCGCAUUCCAAGCAUACGACAACGCGAGCAUCCUUGGCGCCAGUCCGUCGAACCGAAACAUCAUGACUACAGACGUGAUCGAGUGCCAAAACGUGAAGGCUUCCCGGCUGACCUUGUCGACGCUCAAUUCGGUGGGCAGGACCGUGGUCUUAGGAGGGCACCCGAGCGUCAUCAAGUUGGCCGCUGCUCAGUACCCGGCUACACCUUCGUCAGAUCUCUUGGUCCUGGUGGAAUGAGCGACGCUGUGAACGUCGUCGAAGACAACCGGAGUCGGCAGCCAUACGUUGAGAAGCGUAUUGGCGUGAACGGGAACUCCAUGACUUACAAGAGAGUGAAAGCUGAGAUCCACGCUCUUCGAACUGUCCGCGGUGCACCUAACCUCAAUCAGAUCAUCACUAGCCUCGACCAGCCCCCGCAUAUGUCGAUUAUUCUUGAGUUCUGCGACCAAGGCAGUCUUGAGCAGAAGCUGAAGGACAAGAUCAAUCGUGACAUGUUCGCUCAGGCAUGGAGCACCCUCGAAUCCAAGACUGCGGGACACCUGACUGGUACCCACCAGAAGGUCUUCCGCAGAUCGCAGGCCGGGGCUGCACUCGUUAUGGAGCAGAGACAGAUAUUUGGCAGCUGGGCGCCAUGA